AUGACUUGUCGUAGUCCUCGUCGUGGUGGGACAUGGCCAACCGACCAAGACGCAACCAACCCGGGAGUCGCCCCGACUUUCCGUGUGGUAGAUUGGCAGUGGAGUACAGAAACCGGAUUGAUGGAAGCAAUUGAACCUUAUCUUGAUAAAACGUUUAAUGGCAUUCAUGGGCAAUUUCUUUGUCUAGGGUGGAGACGGAUAUUCCACAUUCAAGAGAUCGUGUACAAGGAACUAGUAAUCGAGUUUCUAGCAACAAUUUCUUUUGCACGGAAUGAUGGCAUUUAUGCUGACAACAACCUCACUUUUUUCCUCGGUGGCGAGAGGCGCACUCUUAGCCUUGCAGAUUUUGCACUAGGGACGCAAAUUUACCUUCCAUCUGAAGUUCAUUCUGAGCCUUAUCAACAAUACAUUGCAGGUUGUGUGAGAAAUACAUAG